AUGGCUGUCGAAAUGGGAGAAAAACACGAUGAAGACGAUAAAGUUGAUAUUUUGACAAGGAUCACAGAUUCUAUCGACAACCAUUUGAGAGGUUUUAGGGUGAGAAAAGAAAGGGUGUUUCAAUAAGGUUAUAACGUUCUUUCUUUUCCUGGAUCACUUGACUUUAUAGAUGCACGAUAAAACGAUAUUAAAAAGAUCUAAGCUAUGCAAAACUUAUUAUCUCACUAUUUUAGCAAUUUUAUGAUAACUCCAGUGAAACAGACUAAUGAAGUCCGUUCCCAGCGGUGUUAGUGCAUCAAUUAACCCAUGGAAACAUAAGAGCAACUUUACAAAUUAUCAUCUUCAGUUAAAUUGUUAACUUGAUUAGUGUGGGUUGUGUUAUUUAUUGUCAGUAAUUUACAAUAUUUAAAUUACAUUUAAUGAAAACUAAAAUAUGGUUAUCAUUAGAACCAGGUAGGAGACAAAAUCCCCUUAACUGUCAGAUUAUUUGUGAAUUGUGAUCAAAGACAGAAAAUAAGUACAGUGGAACCACAUUUUCACGAAGUGCCAAGGAACGACCACUGCCAAGUUGCCAAGCCUUUGAUUUGGAGUGAGACUGAAGGUGACCUUGUUGUGAUAGAGACUAGUAUCUAGUUAGCAUGAUAACAAAGUAAUUUGCACUUGAAAAGCAACAAGGUUUGGAGUAACUGCAGAAUACCCAGCCACUCAUUUACAUGUCAUUGAAUAAGAGUAGCAUCUAUUGUGUUAUGCCUCGAUCUUCAAAGCCUCCCGACACAUGUAAGUGAGGCGAACCAAAGUGGCUGCGUAUUCUGCAGUUUAGCCCAAGGUUUGCAUCAUAACAAGGUAAACCUUAGCCUCCCUCCUGUUCAAAGGCUUUCCAACCAAGCACACAACUGUAAAAUGGAGUAUUAGGGAAACUGGUUUGUUAUGAUAUACAAAUAAACAUAAACAUAUGUCAUGGAAUGCUUGAGUCAUGUCUCAGAGAGUAUCAAAUUUCAAAUUUUUUGAGGGAAGAUGUCUCCAUAUUCCAUUCCUUCCACCAAAGGAGGGAAUGUUGCUUUGCAACAUGCUAUGCUUGAAAUGCAGGCAUAAUUUAAUUCAGCAGCUUAUCAGUUCAGAUCAUACAUCUACUACAUUCUCAAAUGACAACCCUGCCUCAGGGACUCUUAAUCAGUUAAUUAAUGUAACACAUGGAAUUGCUCUAAGGUACUUUUCUAUAUUCUUCUGAAGUCACCCUUAAAGGAAUGUUACAGAAUGUUUUAAAAAACAUGCAGGUGUCAGGAGUGUAGCCAGCUUUUUGGACUUGUUGUAGGCCUGUUCCAUAAGAAAGUUCAAUUUUAGUUUCAACAUCUGCAAGAGUCAUGUUCUAAAAGUCAAGCGGGCAAAAAAAUUGUAAGUUUGAGGCUGGCUAUGCCCUCAGUUGUAAAUGCAUUCAAAGAGGUCUAGUAACAAUAUACGUAUAUAUAUAUGUAUAUGAACAUAUUAAUUGUACACAAAUAGUAUUCAACAUUUUGUGAAAUUAACAUUCAUUGGUGAUUUACUCUUUGUUUUCAAAAUUGCAAUUACCUGUUUAGGGAGGAUCUCUGCAGUUGGCAAUUUUAGCCUGAUCUAGCCUGUUCUCAAUUUUUUUUUCCUUAGGAAAGUGACAUUAUCAGUAUAUAAUAAUCAUAGAUAUGCUUUCCACAGAAUGUUUCCUGGGUUCUGGCUGGAGCUGGAAUUAUACUGAUUGCAAGGAGAACAUAUGUGGUAAGUGUUCUGAUAUAAUUAUUAGGCAGGGAUCAGAAAAUCUUUGUGAGAGCCAAUGGAUAAUACUAUUGUAGAAACUACACAGUGUUUAUCAAAGAACUUAACCCUUCACACACUAACAUCAGAAUGCAUGUUCUCCCUACUCUUCUCUAUACAUUUCCUUAGGUGCUGAGAAGGAGAAUUUGUUUAACAAUCAAGAGCUCCUUUGGUUGAUGAUCAUUUUCUUUAUUCUUGUGACCUGAAUGUGUGAUUCAGGGGUGAUAAUGUAAGGAGAAAUUAAGUGCUGGUCACUCUUAGGGGUCAAAAGGUUAACAUAAAUACCCCACACAGUAAAAGUUACAGAAAACCCUGAUGUUUUUUUUUUCUUUCUUCAAAUCCAAAUAAAAUGCCAACUUCAAAUUACUUUUCGGUGGAGAAAGACUUUCAUCAUACAGUUGCCUAAAAAGCUUAAGUGUAUUCUCUUGUGAUGCAAGGCCCAAAAAUUCAUGCACCAUUAAGUGCUGGUGUCCUUGCUCUUUCCUAACCCUUAAACCCCUAAGAGUGAUUAGAAACUAUAUUCCCCUAUCAGUAUCCCCCCUGAAACAAAUGUCGAGAUUAUGAAAACAAGGGAAAUGAUCAGCAGCUAAAGAAGCUUUUGAUUGUUAAACAAAUUCUCCUUGUCGGCAUCUUAGGAAAUGUAUUGAGAACAGUAUGAAGAAAAUGUAUACUGAUGUUUGGGUGUAAAGGGUUGAGUGAUUGCCUUGCUCAGACAAGGGCUUGAACUAUAACCAGACUGAAUGAAACAUUGUUGCUUAGUUUAGGCAUUUUAAAGUUGUCUCUGACAUCCCAAAAGAAUUUGUUGCCAAGAACAUCACCUUUCGUGGCCAUGUAUGUGAGGUUAGGCCAGACAACACUCUUGGUGUUUAUCAUAUUCCUUUGCUCAGGAGACUCAAAUAUUCAUCUGAUACAGGUUGGUUCUCAAUUUACUACAGGAAUAAAUUUUUUUCCCCUAUGAGUGAAGGUCAUUUUUUGUCAGAGAAACAUCCACAUGAUGCCCAUCCUAGUUUGUCUCAUCAUUUCAGAAGAUUUUUUUAGGAGUAAGGCUGCCUCAGCUUGUAAGUUUCUAAAGAAACUGUGGUGCUGCAUCAGUGUGAGAGUAUAGCAGGGUAAUUUGGUAUUAUCAACUGAGUUGAUACCUUAAAUUGGCCACUGUAAAGAGUUACAAAGCUGAUGUGUUGAGCCUAGCCAUUCGUCAUUCACUUUAAUGAAGAAACAUCAGCUUUGUGACUCUUUCUAAAUUUCAGGUUAUAGGCUGGACUGUAAUAAGUCUCAUUCAAGUAAAGAAAUGAUCAUUGCAGAUUGGCUGUAAUCAAAGGAAUUUCAGAAAUAAAAGCAGAAAAUAACCAUGGACAUGAUCAUAUUCCCAACAUAUGGCUAAGUUAGGAACACUACCCAAUUAAUAUCCAGGAGGCACCAGUUCCAAUCCAAACCUUCUAAUUACAGAUAGUCUAAUUUUUGAAUAAUGGAGAGGAUAUCCAGAUGUCUUUUCAGCCCAAAAAGAACUUAGAGACUUAAGUCAUUUUAUAUACUUUUUCAUUAGGGGCCUCAAAACAAUCCAGUCUUCUAGCUAUCAGUCUUAUAGGUGUGGAAUUCAGGGAAGGUGGGCACCAAUGGCUUUUAGGCCAUCUGAUGUCAGCUGAUGUUAAGAUUACUCCUUUCCAAGUCACCAAAAAGCAUACAUUGGACUGCAUGGUGUACAAGAAAAAGGUAGAUAUGUUACCUGCUCCUAGUGUGGUCACAAAAUUAGUUAUUACACCAUGGUGCAUUUUAUGUUAGUGUGCUAACUUAUGCUGUUGUAGUUGUGUGACUUUAGUGUGACUACUUUCCUCCCAGGCAACUUGUAUACAGGAUUUUUCAUAGCAUAUAAAUUGUUUUGCAGUUGUGUUAAGAUGGCAACUGGUAAUUACAGGUAGCCAUAACCCUUGAGAAAGGCUCUUAAUUAUCUCUCAGUGGCUGUCAUACCUGUUAAAGUUCUCUCUUAAAGAUAACUUAGGAUAGCUAAGAUGAACCAACAAAUUUUAAUAGACAGGACAAUCAUUCAUUUACUUGCAGCCAUGAUGGAUCUGUCCACUCAAUCCCAUUUUCUUUGUGGUACAUCUAAACUCAUGAAUAUUCACUAUAUAAACACAACAAAACAUUACAAUGUCUUGAAAUGUCUUUUUUUAAUUUUAAAGUAAGUUGAAUUUCAGAUAAACAAGCCAAUAGUCAGAACAUGUAUGACCCUGAAUAUAUGGAAAUCCAAUACAUUUUCUGCAGUUUUAUAGAUGAAUAUGAAAGUGAUCUUUGCAGUAAUGAAUAGUACUUAAGCAGUGGUGAAAAUUAGGCCUGCUUAAGCAGAGUUCAUUACUGGGAAGAUUGUCUUUAUAUUCAUUUCUUAAAUGACAGUUCACAUAAAUGAUUUUCACAUUCACAGUCACUGAUUUAUCACUUCACAGGUUUAUUACAAACCAAAAUACUAACCAGCUCCUGGUUUGCUUGUUAGCUCAGUUGGUACAGCACUGCACUGGUAUCGCAGAGGUUCUGGGUUCAAAUCCCAUACUCAGUGGCCUGAAUUAUUUAUCAGGCCUUUUUUUCACAACUACUUAACCCUUUGGCCCCUAAGAGUGACUGGCAUCUAAUUUCUCCUUAUUAUAUCAUCCCUCAUUCAAACAUGAAAAUCAUGAGUGAGAAUAGGAGAUGAUCACUAACUAAAGUAGCUCUUGAUUGUGAAAAAAAUUCUCCUUGUCAGCCUCUUUGGAAAUGUAUGGGCAACAGUAUGGAGAAUAUGCAUACUGAUGUUAGGCUGGUAAAGGGUUAAGUAGUGUUCACCAUGGUGAAAUUGCUUUCAUAUUCAGUCUGAACAUGUUUUGAAAAAAAUAAUAAUUUGACAAGAAAGGAGCCUGAGAAGGGGAAUUCCCUUGGUACAAAUCAGAAGGUUUUAUUUAAACUAUUUAAUGAUGAGAGUUUUUGCCGUCAAGGUGUCUAAUUUGGUUUGCACAUGAAGAAGCAAAGAAGCUGUUGCACUGUUUUUGUUCGCAUUUAGGCUGGGUAGAUAAGAUACUUUUUUCCUUAUAGGUUCAAGCCAUUUUACUUUCACAGGCAUUUUAAAAAUCUAAAGGCAUAAUUAUGCAAUGUCAGUUAAUUGUGUUGAUGCCUGUUUUCAGAACUGGUUUUCAUCUAUAUGUGUAAACCAAGAAUUGCUGCAUCAAGGUGUAGCAGUCACAUGUCAUGUUCCCACACUUGUCAACAGUCCAGUUUAUCAAAAACUUCAAAGACAACUCCUGAAGGCAGAAAUAUCUGCUGAAAAGAAAGGUGUUGGCAUUUGGACGAGGCCAUCAAGAAUAAAAGCCUUUUGGGAAAAAAUUUCCUCUCCAAUCUCCUGGAUAAAGAAGGGACUCAGUGCUUUUCAAUAUGUUAGAAGUCUCUUUUCAAGGAAAGCAACAAACCUUGAAGAGAAGUAAUUUUUAAAAAGUAACUUAACAAAGUGAACUGGGAUAUUUUGAUGGCACAAGAAUCUUCGACCAAGAUUUGUUUGUGACAUCAACCUGGAUGCUUAUGUUUGUCCUAAAAAAUUGAGGCAGAGAACAAACUAACUCUUCUCCAGCAUUGCACCACUUCCCUAAAGAGGAGCUUUGCUCACAGUGGAGUUCAGUUUUGGAACAACCCACCCCCAAGUCAGUCUUAACAUGAUGUUAAGGCAAAUUAACAAUUGGUUCAUACGUCAGUGUGUGUUCAUCGAGAUAUGAAGCACGCGGGAAGUUUGGAGAGCAUGAAAGAUGCGUAAGAGUUGCUCAAAGCAUAGCCGAGAGUAACUCUAGCCUCUUGAGUGCUCUAAACUUCCCAAGUGCCUGAUAUCUCGAUGAACCCACAGCUGAUGCAUGAACUAAUUGUUUUAUAGCAUUUUCAACCCUAUGGAAAUUUUUUUUCUUGAGGGAUAUGUUUGCUGACGUCAUGAGCAUGCACAAUAGGAAUAUGAAGCAUGCUCGCGCAAUUGAAUUUGAUCAGACAAAUUUACUAGCUAUGUUAUAAAUUGAGUUGACAGUAUGAGACAGUAUGUUAUUUAAAUGCUGCCUCUAAGAAAAGAAGCAUCUGUUGUUUUAAUUUUUUUUUCCUGUGGUGAUUGUAUUUAAGUGGGUAAGUGGUUGAUCAAUAAGAAUUUGAUGGGGUUCAUAGAAAUACCAUGAAUGAAUAGUAAAAGUCAUCUUAUUUUAUGUAUCGUAUACAUGUUCUACCUAUGUCACCCUCAUUGUGAGUGGCUCACUAAAUGAACCUAGCUAUCUCUAUCCCACAUUACCAAGAACUUGUAAACCCUUUGCCUCCCAUGGGUGACCAAGACAGAGUUUCUCCUUACAAUAUCAGUACAAUGCAAAUCAGACAGGUGAAGAGAAUAAAGAAAAAUAUAGGUUUGAGGAUUUUCUGGUUGAUCCAGAAUCAAAUCUCAGAACUAGCAUGAUGAGAAUUUUAUGGCAGACUAUAAGGAGUAUUACUUAUGAGAUCUUGAGCUUUAGAGGAACUUAUUUUUUCAAACCAUCCCCUGUGAUUCUAAUGACCAAAAGAAAAACCAAAGUAACCAACAUUUAAUGAGGAUUCAGAGAGUCAUUUUUGUUUAUUUCAAAUAAACUUCACACAUAUUAUCUGUAUUUCUCUAAGUCUAUAAAUUAGUCAUUAAAAUUAUCAAUAUCAUUUUUCACCUCUUCAACAAGCUUCAAUGAUAUUUCAUUUAAUGAGGUAAAUACUGAUUACUACUUAAUAAACAUGAAGUUUCAAACAGAAAUUAUUCCAAACGAAAGGGGCUGGGGUGCAGACUUUAAAAAAUAUUUCAAAAUAGGUUUGAACUUGUUGAUUUUGUGACAUUUGCAAUUUAUCAAAGUUGAAACAAACCUUUACCAGUAAUCAAAAAUAUAUAAAGGGAAUUUACAUCAAGUUGAUAGUGCUCUCAAUUUAAAUAGUACUUACUAGUGUAUUCUUUAACCUUUAACUCUCAUGAGUGACAAAGCCAGAAUUCUUAUGAUAUCAAUACAAUAUCAAGCAGUAAUGAGCAUAAAGAAAAAUACCAAUUGGGGGAAUUAUUACUUGAGCCAAUACCAAAUUCUCCAAACUAAUAUCCUGAGAAUUUUACAGCAUACGGCAAGGAGAAGUACUAAUGAGAUCUGGGAAUGAACCGGUUAAGAGGCAUGGAUUUACCAAAGAAUUGUAAGAAACCAUGUAACUACUAAGUGAUAAGUUGAUCUGUCAACUACCCCAUGUAUUGAGCUUCUUGUGGUGUAUGUGGUCUUGAAAAAAAUUUAAAAAAUCUUACAAUAGUACCAUUUUUGAACCACUUCAUCCUUUGAAAAUGUUUAGUCUGGGGACCCAUUUCUCAAAAGUCCCAGUAACUUAAUGGACCAGAAGCCUUAAUUCAUAAUCAAGAUUUAAAGAAUAAAUAAGCAGGUUCUGGUACCCUAACCAGUC